UUCCACAAAUACCUUUUUUUUCCUUCACAUGUUUCCUUAUUUUCAACACUUCCUCUCUCCUCGGAAAAUCUUUGAUAGACGCUGAACCUGGACCUCAACCAUGUUAUUCAAUCAAUUAUUGUAACGAAAAAGUAUUUAAAAACGGAAACCUGCUCAAGUCAUAUUAUCACCCAUAAAAAACAAGAAGAAAAGACUUGGUCCAUUUAAAUCUUCUUUAUAAGCCCCUCCCUUGCGUGUGCAUAUAUGCUGCGACCAACUUCAACUUUAUUACUAAUUACUGAUUUCAUCGAAUCAUGAAAUCGGACAUGGAUUCCACCAGAGAAUUAGAACCACCACCAACCAGUGUCUGCCACGUCGUGGCUCUGCCCUAUCCUGGCAGAGGCCAUAUCAACCCCAUGAUGAACCUCUGCAAACUACUGUCUUCAAAGAAACCCGACAUCCUCAUCACCUUCGUCGUCACCGAAGAGUGGCACGGCUUCAUGGGCUCCGACCAGAAACCCCAUAACAUCCGGUUUGCCACUGUACCAAACCUCAUACCCUCCGAGCUUGUUCGUGCAAACGACAUUCUUGGAUUCGUGGAAGCUGUGAACACCAAAUUGGAAGCUCCGGUUGAGCAGCUACUGGACCGGCUUGAGCAGCCGGUGAGCGCCAUAGUUGCUGAUCUCGGCGUUGUUUGGGCUACGAGGGUUGCAAGCCGAAGAAAUAUUCCGGUGGCUUCACUCUGGCCCAUGUCGGCGUCGGUGAUCUCAGAGUGGGAAAAUUAUGAGGUAAUAGCAGAUCUAGAACUUCCCACGGAGUUGAAUGGAGACGGUUUGAAAAUGUUGAAGAUAAAACUGGAAAUUGUGCGUAGCAUAUAUAAAGCACAAUAUCUUGUGUCCUCUUCAGUCUACGAGCUUGAGCCCGAAGUGUUUGACAACCUAAAAGCCAAAUUUGAUUUGCCUAUCUACCCUUUUGGUCCAAGCAUACCUUACUUUGAGCUUUCAAAAAGUCCUCCCACAAAUCACAAUUACCUCUAUAAUUGGUUAGAUUCUCAACCUAGACACUCAGUCUUAUACAUCUCUCUGGGAAGCUUCCUCUCAGUUUCAAAAGCCCAGAUGGAUGAAAUCGUUGCCGGGGUGCAAAACAGUGGUGCUAGGUUCUUGUGGGUGGCUCGUGGGGAUGCCUUUAAGUUGAAAGAUGGUGUUGGUGAUAAGGGUUUGGUAGUGUCUUGGUGUGACCAAUUGAGGGUGUUGUGCCAUGAUUCUAUUGGUGGGUUUUGGUCACAUUGUGGUUGGAAUUCAACCCUAGAAGCUGUUUAUGCUGGUGUUCCAAUUCUCACUUGCCCUAUAUUAGGGGAUCAAAUCCCCAACGCUAAGAAAAUUGUGGAAGAUUGGAAGAUUGGAUACAGGGUGCUGAAGAAGAAGGUGGGGGCUACUGAACAUGAACAUUUGGUGACCAGAGAGGAGAUUGCAGAACUUGUGCAGAGGAUUAUGGAUCUUGAAAGCAAGGAGGGGAAAGAGAUGAGGAAAAGAGCGAAACAACUUCAGGAGACUUGUCACAGAGCAAUUGCUAAAGGUGGCUCAUCUGACAAGAACCUUGAUGCUUUUAUUGAGGAUAUUUCACGAGGCCAUCACCACUAAUUAUAAGCUCAUGAUUUGUGUUGGGUUUGUGGGAAUAAUAUAAAUUAUUGAAGGGAUAUCAUUUCUAAUUUCUAUGUAGUUUGGUUGAAAAAUAGAAUCAUAUGAUGAUUACUGUUUA